GGGACCUAUAUAAGUAGAGUCGCUCGCGGUAUACCGCGAUCCUGUAACACAAUCACUUCUGCCUCAUCAACAACCGCAGACAUGCGUCUUCCCAUGGUGUGUGUCUUAUUUUGCUGCGGCCUUGCGGUCACUCAACACAAUCAACCGUAUCCUGUGACCACACCAGUGCCUAUUUUGAAACAGAUCAACAAACAUAAUGAGGACGGAAGUUACAGUUACGGUUAUGAAGCGGCGGACGGUUCGUACAAGAUCGAAUCCAAGUAUCCGAACGGUGAGGUUUACGGCAAGUACGGUUUUGUGGACGACACCGGCAACGUGCGCGAGAUCGAAUACGGCGCGUCCAGGCGUGGCUUCGAACCAGUCGGUCCUGGGAUAAACGUGCCCCCGCCAACCUUGACCGGUAACAGCAUAGCCGGCGCGAAUGAGCUCGAGGACGACGGACAGUAUCGCGAGGAUCCAUCGAUUUAUCAUACCGAUCCGCGUUACACAAACGGAGAACGUUACGAAUCGUUGGCCAAACACGGACGACAACCUGUCGCCUACAAUUCACCGCAGCAGAUCGCGCCGGCGCCAACGCCGAUUGUUUAUAACCAACCGAGACAUAAUUCACCUGUCACUUAUCAGCCGGUAAGUCCGCGAUUUCAGCCGGAAUAUGAGCCGCAAUACCGAUCGCAGUACCAACAGCAAUAUCAAGGCCGGCAGCUAAUAAAGUCCGCAUAUCCCUCGCCUGCGAUUCCGGCCGGUCCUCAAGGACACGCCGCAACCAAUCUCGACGUCAAUGCCGGAGUGGCGUCCUACACGGUUAAUUACAAACGAUAGAAGAAACAAAAAAAAAAAGAGAUUUUAAUUAUUUUGCGUGUAUAUAUAUAUGUCGUUAUUUAUAGACGAUUUUGACAUUUCCGAGUUGCGUGAGUGUUGCAAACAUUUACUUAAUUAUUUUCACGACGGCAUUAAUGUCAAUGUCAAAAUAAUGUUUCGUAUUAUGUAAUACGUUUACACAUAUUACUGCAUAGUGCUCGAGAGGAGAUAAUUGAGAUCGCAUUUUUCUUUUCUUCGCAAGAUUCUCGAUGACAAAAAAAUGUUUUACGUUCCUCUGCGUGUUUCGCUUUUAAGGCUUCUUCUACCUCAUAUUAUUGAAACAAAAUGUACUUCUUCCACAAUUUC